GGCUCUCGGCUCCCGGCGCCAUGUGAGGGGGCUCGGGGGCCGCGGGGGGCCGGGCGCUCCCCGGGGGAGAUGAGGAAACUGAGGCUCAGAGAGGUCCCAUAGCUUGCCCGAGGCCCCUCAGCCAGUGUGACCCCACAUCCCUGCCCCCUGGGCCACCUGCAGGACGCCGGCCCCUGCCCCUCAGCAGACGCCGGAGAGAGAUGAGUAGCAACAAAGAGCAGCGCUCAGCAGUGUUCGUGGUUCUCUUCGCCCUCAUUACCAUCCUCAUCGUCUACAGCUCCAACAGUGCCCAUGAUGUCUUCCGUUACGGCUCCCCGCGGGGCCGCACCCGCAGGCCGGUCGACCUCAAGAAGUGGAGCAUCACUGACGCGUACGUCCCGAUUCUCGGCAACAAGACACUGCCCUCCCGGUGCCACCAGUGUGUGAUUGUCACCAGCUCUAGCCACCUGCUGGGAACCAAGCUGGGCCCCGAGAUUGAACGAGCCGAGUGCACAAUCCGCAUGAACGACGCGCCCACCACGGGCUACUCAGCCGACGUAGGCAACAAGACCACCUUCCGUGUGAUAGCCCAUUCCAGCGUAUUCCGUGUGCUGCGGAGGCCCCAGGAGUUCGUCAACCGGACCCCUGAAACCGUGUUCAUCUUCUGGGGGCCCCCAAACAAGAUGCAGAAGCCCCAGGGCAGCCUUGUGCGUGUCAUCCAGCGGGCAGGCUUGGUGUUCCCCAACAUGGAGGCCUAUGCCGUCUCUCCCGGCCGCAUGCGCCAGUUUGACGACCUCUUCCGGGGUGAGACGGGCAAGGACAGGGAAAAGUCCCAUUCGUGGUUGAGCACCGGCUGGUUUACCAUGGUGAUUGCAGUAGAGUUGUGUGACCACGUGCACGUCUAUGGCAUGGUCCCCCCCGACUACUGCAGCCAGCGGCCCCGCCGCCAGCGCAUGCCCUACCACUACUAUGAGCCCAAGGGGCCAGACGAGUGCGUCACCUACAUCCAGAAUGAGCACAGCCGCAAGGGCAACCACCACCGCUUCAUCACCGAGAAGAGGGUCUUCUCCUCCUGGGCCCAGCUGUAUGGAAUCACCUUCUCCCACCCCUCCUGGACCUAGGCCACCCUGCCUGUGGACCUCUCACGGGGGCACGCCGGAGGCCACUGUCCUCCCAGCCAUUCAACCAAGGGCCAUCUCCUGGCCAAUCAAGGCUGCCCGGAGUGUCUUCGGGCCAAUCUGGGCCUUGUAUCCUCCAGCCAGUGAGGGCCUG